GAUAAUCCAUCCUUGGAUGGUCUACCUUGAUCGGGGCUUCCCGGUAUUGCAAAAGUUGACAUUAAAGGUCAUAAUUGACUUCAAGAAUUACAAUUUACAAAGAGACCUCCUCCUAUUGCCAAUGGGUUGCCACAUCCUUCAAUGAAGCAGGCUGAGGCACUCACAACCUCCUGGCGCAGAGCUCAUUAUCAAAUAGUCUUCAACUGCCCCGCGCUAUUACUGAAUAUCCCGAUGUGCAGGGCAGUAAAACACUAGUUGGUAGCACAAAAUAUGUUUUCUCUCGAUGCGCAGGGCAGUAAUUACACCCUCCCUUCUACGGUUCCCAAAACUCCUCCAAAUUAAAAUUUCCAAUAUAAAUAAUGACAUCCUCCCACCAUAGUGGAUUGAAUAGUUAAAAUAAGACUAAUACCGAGUAAAGAAAAAAGGUUUUAAGAGAGAAUGCGCUCUGUAUAUUAUAAGCCAUCUCUUUUCAAAUUUAUGGCUAUAAUAAAUCUCUCCCCAUCUCUCUAUCUCUUCAGAUUUUGAUCAUCUUCGACCUUCAAUCCCCUCUCUCUCUCUCUCCCUCUGCAAUUUCUGGGUUUAUAUAUAUAUAUAUCUAUGGUGAUGGAGGAGAUCCAAGAUGUUAGCGGCGGGAAGAGGAAGCCCAAACCGUACAAAGGAAUCAGGAUGAGGAAGUGGGGGAAGUGGGUCGCCGAAAUCAGAGAACCCAACAAGCGAUCCCGCCUGUGGUUAGGAUCCUAUUCGACGCCGCUUGCGGCGGCGAGGGCCUACGACAUCGCCGUCUUCUACCUCCGGGGUCCCAACGCGCGGCUGAACUUCCCGGACCUGCUGGCCACCGAAGGCGGCGGCGCCCUCAGCGAUUUGUCCACCGCCUCUAUACGGAAGAAAGCGAUCGAAGUCGGGUCCAGGGUGGACGCCACCCACAGCUCCGAACGCCGCGGCGGGAGAGAAGAUUCGCCGGCCGGUAAGGUAAGCCCGCCCCGGUUGAAGGAGAAAGCUUGCUGGUUCGAGGAGAAGCCCGACUUGAACGAGAUGCCCGAACCGGAAGACCCGGAUGUUGGUUAUUGGUGAGUGCGUCGGCGGUUGACUAGGCCAAUAUGCAAUUUAGAAUAAGAUAAGGGGUGCGCUGGUAAAAUUUGCGAGUUAAAAAAAGGAGGUUUGGAGUGACUAGGAUUUGAUUUCAUAUUCACCCUUUGGAAAAGUCUCAAUUAUUAACCAUGUAGUAAAAUGUGACAGACAUUUGGUACACCCUAUUCCACUCCCAAAAAAUUCAACCAAUCCUUUUUCUACCAAUUUUUUAAAUUCAAGAUUCAAUUUUUAGAUUCUGGAUGAAAGAUAUGUGGUUUGGAGGAUAGCGGUGUAUAAUUUGUGG